AUGGAGUACUAUGGCGCUGUGCAUUCAGUUGGACAGGUCGCCCCGCAGCUAGAGUCCCAGCCCAGAAACUAUGACCCUUUCGGUCCCGGAUUCUUUCAAGAGUCUACCUACGAUUUUGGUGAUACUCAUUCAAGAGGAUUGAAACAAGCGCCAGAAAGCAACGUACGAGCACAAUAUCACCCCAGAUCUGGAUACCACUAUGUUCUCCCGGACCAUCCACCUCCCCAUAAUCUCUUUCAAGAAAUGCAAGACCAUCGCCUUCAGCCUGAACGACAAGUGAACCCAUGGUACCCAUUCGAUGGCCCAGGAGAAUGGUCACUAGCGAAGUUUUUAGUUGAGAAUCUCUCACAGACUCAGAUAGAGCAAUUCCUGAAGUUGGAAUGGUUCAAGACACGAGAGCGACCACAAUUCAAAUCAAAGGACGAGUUGUUCUAUUACUUGGAGCAACUUCCUGGAUGUGGACCGAAAUGGCAGUGUACUGAGUUUCAUCUGAAGGGUUAUGAGACUGAGCAGCCGAUUCACCUCAUCUGGAGAGACAGUUUAGAAGUUGUGAAGCAGCUUUUUUCCAAUCCAGUGUACGCGAAUCACAUGUGUUACGACCCUCACCAUAUCUACAAUGGACAAGAGCGUGAAAUUGGAGAGUUCUGGACAUCAGAUGAUGCCUGGAAUAUACAGGCAUGCAUUUAUUUUCGUGCGACUAUCGUACCAAUUAUCACCGCUUCGGACAAGACACCCAUCACACGACACACCGGUGGACUAGAAAUGCACCCAUUAUUCAUGACCAUCGGAAACAUCCAAUCUGAUACUCUUCUUCAGACGCGAUUGUGGCACAAAUGUGUCGACCUCGUCUGCUCAAAACUCAAGAUCGCUGCACGUGUCGGCGAAUUCAUGGUCGAUCCUUCAGCACAUAGACAUUUUUGCUUUACCCCUCUCAUCAGCCAUAUCGCCGAUCUUCCUGAACAACUUAUGAUUGCAUGUGUUUCCAAGAACUCGGUUGACCCCUGGGAUCUCUUUAGCUUCCUUAAGGAGGCGAAUAAAUUGCACCUGAGCGGCAUCCACCUACCAUUCUGGAGAGACUGGAAAUACGCAAACACGGCGACAUUUCUCACCCCAGAAAUUCUUCACGCUCUGCACAAAUUCUUCUUUGACCAUGUCCUGAAGUGGGUCAAGGAAACCAUGGGACACGAGCUUGAUUUACGAUUUCGGAGUCAGCAUAAGCAUGUGGGUGUGCGUCAUUUCACGUCAGGUGUCUCGCAUGUCAAGCAAAUGACUGGCAGAGAGCAUCGCAAUAUCCAGCGCACCAUAGUACCUACAAUGUGGGGAAUUGUAACUCCUGAAUUCAUUCGUGCAGUUUGCGCGAUGAUCGAUUUCAUUUACCUCGCACAAAAUCCGGUUCAUACUGACACAUCAAUCAAGGACAUGUCGACUGCGCUUUCUGUCUUUCACGAACAUAAGCAAGCUAUCAUCGAUGCAGAGGCGCGACGAGGGAAAAGUGGAGCUAAGGACGAUUUUUUCAUCCCCAAACUAGAGCUCAUGCAGAGCUUCGCUCGCGCAAUCCCGCACGUCGGCUCCCUCAUUCAAUACUCAGCAGAUAAGACCAGUCGACAGAAGGAUUUUGUUCAACAAAUCACGCGGAUCCUUGAACGGGAGGAGACAAUUCGUCUCUUCGAGCUUUACACCCUACUAGCUUCAUCACCAGUCAAUGACCCUCUUCUCAAUGUUGUUUUCACGGAAGAUGACGAAGUAGCUGGUCCAGAGGUAGACCCAGCAUUAGCUUGGGUUUCUCGUGUAAAUCCAGACGCUCAACGAUGCCUACAUGCCCCAUGCCCAGUACGCAACCAUUUCUUGAAAGGAAUCGUGUCCAAUGAUGCGAAAAUCGCUUUCAACGUUACCAUCAACCCCGAUCGCAAAUGCUUGACCAUCGUUGAGCUUCAAACGCUAUAUGACCUUGUUGACUUCUCGCAGGCUCUCUACCACUACUUCACAAUCAACUACCAUGGAGAUCUCAAUAUGCAUAGCAGCCGGAUACUCUUGAAUGCUUGGUUCAAGUUUCGAAUUCAGCUACAUUCAGCUUUCCACGAGCGCACCAUCAUGCCUAGUCAAUUGUUGCAAGCUGAACCCCCCUCCAGCGAGUUCUCCUAUGGCCGCUGUGAUACUGUUCUCGUUCAGAACAACAGGAGCAAUGUUCCUUGUGUAGUCCAAGUCCGAGCCGUGUUCCAGCCAACUGCACUGCCCAUUGAAGCGCCUGCGCUUGAUCAGGUGCUUGCGUAUGUUCAACACUUCGACGUCAUCGGAGACAAACCUGAGCCUAUGACGGGGAUGUGGAGACUCACGCGCUCAUUCUUCCACAAUGUCUCACAGCCACAGUCCAGAAAGCGAUGUAGUUCUAUAAUUCCUAUCACCGAUAUCACUCAUGGGGUGGAACUGAUCCCUGUGUAUGACACUUUAUUAGCCAAGGAGGUCAACUCGAGCAAUUCAAUGGAGAUGUUUAACGACUAUUUUCUCAAUAACUUUGCUGACAAAGAACUCUACCACACACUAGCAGUAGCAUUUGGUGUCUAG